UUACCUCCAACCUACACAUGCCUCACUUGUGUGCCACGCCGAUCCGCUCAACAGCCACCCCACUACGGCCAAGCCACCAUGCUUCUUUCCCUCGUUAAUAGCACCUUGCCGCAGCCAGCCUCUCCCUGCUCCGAGAGCAACCAUGUGAGCGACAGGCGUUUGGGUCGCUAAAGCCACACUCGCAAGCCCCGUUGCGCGCCGAUCGCUCGCGAUUACGCGCUGCUCCGUCUGCGCAGGGCCACGUGGCGCCGUCGGACCAUGUCCAAUCGGAGCCCGGGCCCGAGGUUGACGCGGGGGAACAGUUGGCGGCGAAGGAGGCUCGCGUUCGCGCGGAGGUUUCGCGACGAAUUCGGCAGCUGGGGCGGGAAGGGAAUGCGUCGGCCGCUGUAGAGCUGUUCACUCAAAUGCAGGCGACGGCAUAGCCCCAGACGCCAUGGCAGCCACGGCUCUGAUUGACUGCUGCGUGCGCUGCGGUGAGCUGGCCCGGCCGGCCAAUCUGGUGCCUGACGCAGUGGCGGUGGGCGUUCUGCUGCGGGCGUACGGGCGCAAGAGCCCGCCGCAGUGGGCCAAGAUUCAGCAGCUGCUGACGCGCAUGGAGCUGGACUUCGGCCUGCUCAGCCGUCCACGGCGAUUUUUCAACGAGCUCAUGGAUAUCUGUGCGAGGGACAAUGCGGUGGACCGUGGUGUGCAGCUGCUGGACCGGAUGGCCGAGGCAGGGGUUUGAGCCGGAUGUGUUCACGUUUGAGGCGGUGAAGCGCCGGAGGACACUACGCUCGCAUUUCAAGAAGCUUUUUAACUGAACAGGGUGGACAAUACUACGGAUAAAGUAUAGCUAAUUAGAGAGAAGGGUACAGAAAGUGGUAUGGGCUUUGGGAUGGGUGGGUUGGAGGUUGAGGGAUGAGGCUGACAAAAGGCGAGGGUGAGGGUUUAGGAGAGAUGUCACUAUGCUGGUGACUUCUUGAUUUAUCGAAUGGGUUAACUGCCCCAUUGUUGAAUGAAGAUAGCUUAGCCAAUGGUGGGAGAUAAUGUUGCUGUUUGUGACAUUUGCAGCUACACUUGAAAAGCAUAC